AACGUCCAGAACGUGUUGACUCUAGAAGGAAGUGGACUGAUCUCUGCGCUGAGGGUCCUCUGCCAGAUCGCCUGUCCACCUCCAGCCGUAGAGGCUCAGCAGAGAGAUCUGAAGUGGAGUCUAGCAGGGGUGCAGUUGUUUUCUGGGGAGGGCUUGGACACGUGUGUUUGUGUGCUCCAGAAGCUGUGUAGCGUGCUGCUGCCUGCCUGGCGUGUGCACGGACACAUGGGACCCACCCCACAGCGCUGUAUGAUCCUUGGCGUGUGCGCUAACACGCUAAGGCUGCUGCGGACCAUGCUAACAGAGCUGUUGCGCAGCGGGGCCUUCCAGUUCAGGGACACGCGUGUGGCGAGCACGUUGGUGACUCUACACAUGGUCGUGUGUUCAGCCCCGUCCUCUGGACGUCUAGACUGGGAGGAGACCAAGGUUCAGGCCCUCAUCGUAGAUGUGCUGCUCACCUUCACACAGGGAGUCAGCGAACAGAUGACCCACACAGAGGAGACUCUGCUCAGUAACACAUGGUCUCUGAUGCUGAAGGAGGUGUUGGGCUCUCUACUGAAAGCACCAGAGGGACUCUUCUCUGGCCUCACCCUGCUGUCUGAACUGCUGCCACUUCCCCUGCCCAUGCAGAGCACGCAGGUGAUCUCUGUCCAGGACGUGGCUGUAGCGUUGAACACCAGGAAGUUGUGGAGCAUGCACCUGCGGGUGCAGUGGGGUGUGUUUGCGGACGCCCUCGGGUGUGUGUGUGGAACUAGCUGUCCUCCGCUGCUGGCCAUGCUGCGACGUGUGUGUGUCCAGCUGGCUGACCUCUCGUCUCCCACCGCCACCCUCAUCAUGAAGACCCUGCUGGAAUUCCUGCUGGGGGAACUACAGCCUGUUGAGGGUAAGAGUCCGGGUUGGGGGCAGGUCCUGCGUCUCCUCUCUCUAUUCGACACCCUGGUUUCCCAGAGAGCCUGUAAGAUUGCAACGUUACACCUACUCUCUGGCUCCGCCCCUGGAGACGAGCCAUUGGCUGAUAUCUUCCCCCUGCUACUGUCCCUAUUGGUUCCCGUUGCUGACCACGCCCUGCCACAACAGCACUGUGCAGAGCUGGUGGGAACUGUCCUGCAGUCACUGUGUGACCAGGACAUCUCUCUGGUGGUGCCCCACCCAGCCGAGGGGUGUGUGUCAGAGGCUGAGCAACUGGCCAAUGCCCUGCCAGGACGGGAAAUGAUCUCAUCAGUGUGCGACUCUCUGAUGGAGGUUUUGGGGAACGAAGAGAGCAGUGCCGCUCUGCUCCUCACCUGUCUCAGGACACUCAUGUUCCUCACAGAACAUGACUAUGGACUCUACCACCUUAAAGGGGCUCUGAAGAAGCACAGUGCCAGUGUGUGUGCUCUGUUGAAGAGACAGGUGUUCUCCUUCAGGAAAGACUCGGCUGAACUCCUCUCUGCUCUGCUGGACUUCCUACGACAGAUCCUCAACACUGACCCUCUGGGUUGCUGUGGGGAGGAGAGUGGAGGGGAAGAGUCCGGGCUAGUUCCGCCCCCAAGGUCUGUGGCUCUGACUGGCUCAGAGAUGAAGGCUCUGCUGCAGUGGGAGGAGGCUGACACACACCCUCUAAACACACUAGAGAAACACAUCAAGAAGCUGUGCAAGGAGGAGGAUUCAUUGGAGACCCUGUUGGAGAAUGUGAUUGGUCUACGACAGACGCUGGAGAGCACUAUGGACACAUCUUCUCCCCCUGAGACGGAGCCCACUCUACCCAAUCCUGACACGCUAUUGGCCCAGUUCAACCACAGGACGGUGUUUGUGUUGUCAGAGGUGUUGGAUGAGCAGCUGAAGGCUCUGUGGUUCUCCCCCUUCCACACCGACGACAUGGAGGCUGAACUAGACAUGGUGAAGGUGGACCUGCUAGGCCUGGCCCAGGAGUGUUGUCCAGAGUUGGACCUGAAGUCAGAGCUGGAACGCUCCUUCCUGUCUGAGCCUUUGUCUCCCAGUCAUACCAAAACUAACAAGGGCUUCAGGCUGGGCAAGCACAAACACGAGACCUUCAUCACCAGUGGUAAGUCAGACUACAUCGAGCCAGCUAAGAGAGCCCACAUGAUGGCUGCUCCUCGCGGUCGAGGUAGGGGGGGCUUCGGGGGACAGCCCUUUCGCUCCAACGACAUCUUCCGCCAGCGCAAACAGAACACUUCGCGCCCUCCCAGCAUGCACGUGGAUGACUUUGUGGCGGCGGAGUUUAAAGAUGUUGGGACUCCUGGGCCUGUUGCCCCCAAGCGACCCCCUAAGAGCUCCCCCAAACCCCCCAGAGGCCUGUUCACUGGGAACAGAGGCAGGGCUGCUUUCCACAGCCAGCAGACACGCUUUUUCACCCCACCGCAGCCUAAAGGAGUGCUGCUGUCUGGUAACUAUAAUGCCCGCCGUGAGGGUGGGCGAGGUGGCACGUCGUGGAGUGGUCUGUUGCCACCGGUUACCCACAGAGGAACAUACAGUGAUGCCAGGGGCGGGCAGAGCAACUUCACACGCGGUCCCCUGCCCUCACGCCAGCAGCCUGCAGGUGCAUAUCGCCUGGCUCCGCGGGACCGCGCCCCUCGAGGUCGUGGGGGUACAGGCCUGUCGUGGCUGAGUCAGGGAGGAGGAGGGGGGAGGGGGUCCCAGGGGAAGUUUAGCGGUGGGGGAGGCAGCGGAGGAGGGAGGGGACGACACGUUCGCUCCUUCACCAGGUAAACAAACCUGGCCAAUGACUGCAGCCCAUCACGGCUCUUAACGGACCAAUCAGGAAUAAUGAGUACAUCAUCUCCAUGGAAACGUGUCCUCUGUGGGAUUCUAUUGAUGAUGAUGUGUGGAAUUUGUUUUAUUAUGUUUUAGUUCUUUUACAUUGUUGUUCAGACUCAAUAAAGUUCUGUGAUUGAGA